AAGCCUGGCCCUCGCGGCGCUCCGUCUACCAGGCGCUCGGGCGGUAUGGCGUUCCGACAGGCGUUGCAGCUCGCGGCCUGCGGGCUGGCGGGGGGCUCGGCGGCCGUGCUGCUCUCUGCGGUGGCGGUGGGCAAGCCGCGCGGCGGCGGGGAUGCGGAUGCGCGCGCGCCCGAGCCGCCGGCCUGGACCGAGGGCGCCCAGCCAGGACCCAGCCUCUGGGAUUCCAACUGGGACAGGCGAGAACCCCUGUCUCUGAUCAACCUUCGCAAGAGGAAUGUGGAAUCUGGAGAAGAAGAGCUGGCAUCCAGGCUGGACCACUACAAGGUCAAGGCCACACGGCACAUCUUCCUCAUCCGGCAUUCCCAGUACCACAUGGAUGGCGCCCAGGAAGAGGACUGCACACUGACUCCGCUGGGUCGGGAGCAGGCAGAACUCACCGGCCUCCGCCUUGCCAGCCUGGGGUUGAAAUUUAACAAGAUCAUCCAUUCCUCCAUGACCCGCGCCGUGGAGACCACGGACAUCAUCAGCAAGCACCUGCCAGAUGUCUCCAGAGUCAGCACCGACCUGCUGCGGGAAGGCGCCCCCAUCGAGCCCGACCCGCCUGUGUCACACUGGAAACCUGAGGCUGUGCAGUAUUAUGAAGACGGAGCAAGGAUCGAGGCUGCUUUCCGGAACUACAUCCACCGAGCUGAUGCUGAGCAGGAAGAGGACAGCUAUGAGAUCUUCAUAUGCCAUGCCAACGUCAUCCGCUACAUUGUGUGCAGAGCACUACAGUUCCCCCCAGAAGGCUGGCUCCGCUUGUCCCUGAACAACGGCAGCAUCACCCACCUGGUCAUCCGCCCCAGCGGCCGGGUUGCACUCCGGACCCUGGGGGACACAGGCUUCAUGCCACCUAACAUGGUCACGCGGUCCUGAGGCCACUGCAGCACUGCCCUCCGUCUUGUCCUGGCCAUGCUCCAGCUGUGAGCAGACUGAGGCUGGUGGGGAGAAGUGUCUCGGAUCAUACUGGGGAUGUACCUGGAACUCGCCUCUACCAGCUGAGGGAAGCUGUUGCUCACACCGCCUGGCUUCCCUCCCUACAGGACACCUGCAGUCUGUGGGGUGCGUGCCUGUCACACUGGGGUCCUCGCCAUGCACUCGCCUGGGGGAGGACUACCAAGGUUUUGUUCACAGCUUGCUCACCAUUCCAUACUUUUUUUGGGGUCUGGCAACCUGCUAUUGAAAUAUUUGUCAAUUAAAGAUUUUUCUCCUUUGGGUU